GCAGCAUUGCCAAGGGCAACCAAGAUAGAUCUUUCAAAUAACCAGCUGACCAGUUUACCGUCCAACUUUGCAAUUGCUUUGACAAAUGUCACACGUGUUGAUUUGAGUUCCAACAAGCUGAAAGACCUCCCUUCGAACAUCCAUCUCCUGCAAAAUUUGCAGUAUCUUGACUUGUAUAACAAUCAGUUGACAGAUUUACCAGUGACAUUCUGUCAAUUACGGAAACUCAAGUGGCUUGACCUAAAGGGCAACAAUCUCAACCCAACUUUGAGGAAAGUGGCUGGAGAUUGCCUCAACAAGAAAGAGUGUGAAGCCGCUGCUCGCAACGUUAUAGCACACCUGAAACAAAGACAGAUUCAGAUGGAAAAGGAAAGACUACAGAAGCUUAAGAGAGAGGAAGAGAUGGAGGCUGCACGGCUCCGAGCAGAAGAAGAAAAGCAGGCCAAAAAGCGAGCUGAAAGGAAAGCAGCGAAAGAGAAAAAGAAAGCAGAACAAGUUCCACCUAUAAAGGUCAAGUCAGAAGCCAAUGGAAGAACACCUGUACCUUUGAAGGUUGUAGCACCAAGAGCCUCCAACAAAAAAGAGAAAAAGAAGUCCAAACAAGGUAAAUAUUCUCCUUAAGAUUCUAACUCCUUU